AUGGUCAACACUGCUGAGACUACGGUGAAAAAUAAUCGCACUACAGCAGUGACAGAGUUUCUCUUCUCUGGAUUCCCCCGACUUGAAGAUGGUAGCAUCUUCUUCAUUCCUUUGUUCUUCAUUUACGUGUUCAUUGUUGUUGGGAAUCUCAUUGUGUUUUUUGCAGUCAGGAUGGAUACUCAUCUCCACAAUCCCAUGUAUAAUUUCAUCAGUAUUUUCUCAUUUCUGGAGAUCUGGUACACCACUGCCACAAUUCCCAAGAUGCUCUCCAACCUCAUCAGUGAGCAGAGGACCAUCUCCAUGAUUGGCUGCCUCUUGCAGAUGUACUUCUUCCACUCCCUAGGAAAUUCAGAGGGGAUUUUGCUUACGACCAUGGCUAUUGACAGGUAUGUAGCUAUCUGUAACCCUCUCAGGUACCCAACCAUCAUGACACCACGCUUGUGUGCUCAGCUCUCUGCGGGUUCCUGUAUCUUUGGCUUUCUUGUGUUGCUCCCAGAGAUUGUAUGGAUUUCUACAUUGCCCUUCUGUGGCCCCAACCAAAUCCAGCAGAUCUUCUGUGACUUUGAACCUGUACUGCGCUUGGCCUGUACAGACACAUCCAUGAUUCUGGUUGAAGAUGUGAUCCAUGCUGUGGCCAUCAUCUUCUCUGUCUUGAUUAUUUCCAUCUCUUAUAUCAGAGUUAUCACUGUGAUCUUGAGGAUUCCCUCUGUUGAAGGUCGUCAGAAGGCUUUUUCCACCUGUGCAGCUCAUCUUGGCGUCUUUCUGAUGUUCUACGGCAGUGUGAGUCUCAUGUACCUGCGUUUCUCUGCCAUUUUUCCACCAAUUUUGGACACAGCCAUUGCACUAAUGUUUGCUGUUCUUGCUCCAUUUUUCAACCCCAUCAUCUAUAGUUUGAGAAAUAAGGACAUGAAAACUGCAAUUAAGAAACUUUUCUUCCCUCAAAAAAUACUUACAUCAUCAAGCUAA